CCACGAAGCCAAACCGAACCCAAACACUUCCAAAUCCCAAUAUCGAUAUAAUACCUUACCGGUCUAAUCUUUGAGGACACUCCACCAAGCAACACUAUCGACAGGAAGACCCGCUUAACUUGAUUGAUUCUGACCGGCAGGAAGGCGAAUCCACGGUCCACCCAUUCCAUCUCCAUGGCGACGGCCGGAUCUGGCGACGAGCUGAAGGUGCUGGGCGCGUGGGCGAGCCCGUUCUUGGUCCGGGUGUUGUUCGCGCUGCAGCUCAAGGGGCUGCGCUACGAGUACGUGGAGGUGGACCUCAAGGAGAAGAACGAGCUCCUCCUGGCCUCCAACCCCGUGCACAAGAAGAUCCCCGUGCUCCUCCACGCCGGCAAGCCCGUCUGCGAGUCCCAGCUCAUCGUGCAGUACAUCGACGAGGCCUUCCCCGCCUCCGGCCCCUCCUUCCUCCCCGCUGACACCCACGCCCGCGCCGUCGCCCGCUUCUGGGGCGCCUACGUUGACGACAAGGUAUUAUCUGCUGAGCUCGUGGAAGGGGAUCUUCGCGACCAAGGACGAGGAGGAGAACGCGGAGGCAGUGAGGCAGACGCUGGCUGCGGCGGACGCGCUGGAAGGGGCGUUCCGGGAGUGCUCCGGGGAGAAACUAGAGUGGUUCGGCGGCGACGGCGUCGGGUACGUGGACAUCGUGCUCGGUGGGUUGGUGCCGUCCAUGAACGUGUUGGAGCUGGCGGUCGGGAUCAAGGUCGUGGACCCCGACAGGACGCCGCUGCUGGCCGCCUGGAAGGACCGCUUUUGCGCGCUCGACGCGGCCAAGGCUGCCAUGCCGCCGCUCGACCGCUUGCUUGAGAAUGCCAAGAAGUACUUGGCUGAAAUUUCAUUCAAGACCCCGGCGAGCAAGUGAAGAUCUGCAGUUGCAAUUCCCAUUUGGUUGGUCUACGAAUAAGGAGUAUCACAGUACAGGACCUCCGGGUCCCGAAUGUGUGUUUUUUUCCUUCCGUGGGCAAAUGAAUUUUCAUGCAAUUUUACAUCACCUCAACAUCCUGCAUUUAGCCGUUCAGCUUGUGUAUGGCCGAAGACACUCUUUUAACGAUCGGGAUUGAUGUGAUAAACAGUAACUAGUUUUUUUUUGGUGA